AUGUUUAGAAUUUGGAUUAUUUUCAUUUUUCUGAAAUUUUGGGCUGCAAAAAGCGAUGACUUUUCGCUGGCAUUUGACACUUCAGAACCUGUGAAUGGGGGAAAUUUGAGGUGUCUAAUCGAAAAGGGAUAUAAAACUGCGAUCUUCCGGAUAUAUGGCGACGAUAAGGGAGACAAAAUUGGAAUGAAAAAUGCUUUAAAUGCGUAUUAUGGUAUGUGGGGUGACUAAAAAUGGGAUUUUUUAUAUUGUCCUAGACAUCUAGACCAAAAUGUAAAAAAUUGGUUAUAUCUCAGAUGUACGGUAAGAUAGACGUCCAAAAUUUUCAGAGGUUUAUCUACAAUCUAUUUGGCGAUACCAUGCAAAAUUUAGACUAAUUACGAAUGCUACUUAUUGGGUUACCCACGUUUUUUAGCCCUAGUCACCUACUACAAUAUAAUACCCAAAACUCGAAUAUUUUCGUAUUUAAAACAACAAAUUUUUCCAGCCAAUCUCCCAUUUGAAGUCUAUAUCACCCAUACUUUCGAUGUUUUCCGAUUGGGUGACCAGGAAUUUGAGAAAAUGUACUGGUUUGCGCGAGACAACAACAUGAAUUUGGACCGAGUCUGGCUUCAAGUAACGGACCCAAUCAACUGGGAAUAUCAUGAGGAAAUAAAUGUGAAAUACAUCACGGAUUUUGUGAAGGCUUCUUGGGUGAGUUUUUAGACCUUAUUUUAAGUUUUCGAUUUGAAAGUUUUCGUGUCGGGACUAAAAUCAAUAUCUCAAAAUUUUCAAAAACUGAAAAAAAUAUGUAAUAUUUUGCUCUAUAUGACCAAAUAAGGUUAUAUUGGCCAUAAGAAACACUCAUAUUCGAUACGAGUUCCGUAUUUUACCCACAUUUUCAGUAUCGAAAGGUCAAAGUUGGCCUCUUUACCAGCUGGUAUGACUACAAUUUAAUCACCGUUAAUACCACAAAAAUCCAAGACGUUGAAGAUAUUUGGUAUUGGAAUCAGCUCGGUCGAGGAGUGCAGGGAGAAUCGGAGAAAGAUUUCGAAGAUUUUCGCCCGAUUGGGCCGUUCGUCAAACCGUUGAUAAAGCAAUUUGGAUCUCAAGAAACAGUAUGUGGAGUGCUCAUAAACCGGAAUGUGUACAAAAAUAUAUAUCCCCAUAAUCUACAGGGUAAUUUUAGUGGAAUUCCACUAGGAUUUGGCGCCAAUUUCACUGUAAAUAAAUAG